AUGGCAGCGGCGGCCGACACGACUGCCGGCGCCCAGCCAGACAUGCCGAGACCCAAACCCCCUCGUGUGUCGGACCUGCCUCUUUCUUCAUCCAAGCGUGCAUCCAUAGACAGUCUGCUGCACACCUUCAAGAAGAAGGGUCAGUUCGACGACCUGCGCAAGAAUACCUUUACCCACUUUGAGCACGGUCCAACAAAAGACACCUUAGUCGAAUCAAUCCGCUCCUUCGUAGAUGCCGAAAUCGAUCGUGAUCCUGUGAAAUACCUCGCCAAGAACCCUCGCCUGGCUGCUCCCCUCCUUGAAGGUGCUGCCGCUCGCGCAGACAUCUACCCAAAGACCGAAGCCGAUAUUGACCUUUUUAUCCAAGACUAUCUCCACACUGCCGAACAAGCUCUACGGGACAUUCGCAGAAGCGAGAUUGGCGAAGAAGCAGCAAAGCAAGAGGAGGAAGCUGGCAACAAGCCUGACCGAGUCUACGCUGAGGCCUCACAACGCCGUCACAAAGAACGUCAAGAACGCCAUGCCGAAGACAUGAAGGAACUCGUAAAGAAGGAACGUGCUCAGCAGAAGAAGGCCGAGCUCGAAGCCUUGAAACAGCGUGAGCAGGAGUUGAAGAAGGAGAAGGAACGUUUGGAAGUUCUGCAGAAGAAACAAUCUGAAAGAGCAGAGUUCCGCAGAAAAGAAGAAGAGAGAAAGAAGGCUCGCCUCAAGGCUCUUGCCGAAGAGCGCGAGAAGAAGGAAAAGCUACUCGAAGAAGAACGCAAGAAAGAGGAGGAAGAGAGAGCCAAACGCAAGAAGAUUCAAGAGGAGGAAGAGGCCAAGCGUCUCGAGCAGGAGGCUAUGCGCAUGCUGCUCGAAGAAGGUCAAGCCAUGGCCUCCAAAUCUGGAGCAAAGAAGAUGGAGCGCGAACGUGAACGCAGCGAGAGCCUGGACAGAAGAUAUGCCCGCCGAGACCGCGACCGUGAUCGCCGUUCUCCGUCAGCAGACCGCCACUACCGCCCCGCAGACCGAGACCGGGACCGAGACAGAAUGAGAGAGCGAGGCUACGAUCGCUACGAGGGUCGUCGCGAGUCCACCUUGCGCGAAAUUAGUGCCGAGCGCGAGGCAUGGAAAGCGAAACAGCUCCGCGACAAGGACCGUCGCAGCAGAUCUCCUUCGCGUGACCGCCGACCCGCACGCCGUGAUCGUUCUCGCAGUCCCUCUCAACAGAGGCGACCGCUACGUCAGGGCGAUCGCUACGUCCCGCCCGACCGCCACGCACCAUCAGACCGUCACACUCGCGAUCGCUCAAGAGACAGAGAUAGGGAUCGUGAUCGCGAUGUACGUGAUAGAGACAGAGACAGAGACAGAGAUCGCGAGCGUGAGAGAGAAAAGGAGCGUGACAAGGAUCGUGAUAGGGAUCGCGAAAAGGACCGUGAGCGAGACAGAGACAGGGACAGAGACAGAGAAAGGGAGCGCGAGCGAGAACGAGAUCGCGACAGAGACCGCGACCGUCGCCGCAGAGACGACGACAGACCAAAAACCGACCGCUACAUUCCCUCUGCCAGCGCUGGCGCCUCUCGCCGAGACAGCGAGAAAGUCAGCAAGCGCGAUCGUUCACGUUCGAGAAGCCGCGACGCCAGGUAG